AUGUCUGAUUUGAAGGAGAAAGAAGGUUCUCUAAAACCCACGUAUUUACAAGCACAGUGGUUUCAGUUGCAGGCCAAACCACGAAACAAACCAGGAUUAAUUGGUGGGAACCCUAAUUUUCCAAAGGUGAUUUGGGUGACUAAUCAAAAUCUGAAAUUUAGAAGAUUUCAUAGUUUGGAAGCUAAGGCUACCGAUGACACAAAAAGCACCACCAAGGUGAAUAGCAUAGUUUGUGGUGAUUGCGAUGGAAAUGGCGCAAUACAAUGUACACAAUGUGAAGGAAAAGGAGUCAACACUAAAGAUCACUUCAAUGGACAAUUCAAAGCUGGUGGUUUAUGUUGGCUUUGCAGGGGUAAAAAGGAGAUUCUUUGUGGUGGUUGUAAUGGAGCCGGUUUUAGAGGUGGGUUCAUGAGCUCCUUUGAUGAAUAAACAAACUACCACUUUAUUAUGUUUAUAGAAAUAGAAAUUCAAGAAACGGAUUUUUUUUAGUUGUUUUAAUGAUCUUAAAUCAUGUAUAUCAAUAUAAUUUUGUUCCAUAUGAGUGCCAUUCGUUUCUUGAAAUUAACACGUUCAAUCCAAGAAACCACUUACACAUAAAAGGUUAUUAUAAAUUUACAAAUU